AUGUCUACAAACUUAUCAUUCAGUACCUGGAACAUCCAUGGUAUUUCAAAUGUUGUCCUUGGUGAGAAAACUAAAAACAAGGACUUCAUUGACCAUAUUAAUAAUAUAGAUUUCAUUUUCCUCACUGAAACUUGGUGUAACUCAAAUAUAGAUGUUCCUGGUUUCAGGUCUUUUGUCUCUGAUACUGCAAAACCUCAUACCAACCGGGCAUGUCGCAAAUCGGGUGGUAUCACUCUACUAACCAGAACCAAAUUUGAAAAAUUUACUUCAAUUGUUAAAAAUUCGAAAAAUUUUCUAUGGUGCAAAAUAUCAAAAGAUGUGUUAAAUGCAAAAAAUGAUCUAUUUGUAUGUGGUGUGUAUAUUCCACCAGAAAAAUCUGUUUAUUUUGAAAAUGAAAUUUUUGAUGAAUUAGAAAAUGAUAUUAUACAAUUUUCAUCAAAAGGAAACAUAAUGAUCCUUGGUGAUUUUAAUGCUAGAACCAAUACACUCGAAGACUUUAUCUCUAAAGAUGGCAACAAUUUUAUAAAUGACACUAGUGAAAAUUGCUUCCAACCAAAAAACAGAUUAAAUUUCGACCACCAAAUUAAUAACCAUGGUAAACAGUUAAUUAAUCUAUGUAAAAACUGUGACAUGAAAAUUUUAAACGGACGCACAAAAGGUGAUUCCUUUGGACGAGCUACUUUCCAUGGUAACAGUGGUAUAAGUGUAGUCGAUUACAUCAUAUGUGAUCAGGAAUUAUUUAGAAAUACUAAUUAUUUUGUUGUAAAACCACCAACAUACCUAUCUGACCAUAGUCAAAUUGUUACAUGGGUUGGUAUUGGUCAGACAAACGAAAAACCAGAUACCAAUCCUGGAUGUAAUAUUGAAAUGACUAAAUUACCAAACCAAUACAUUUGGGAUAACCACUCUAAAAAUAACUUUAGAGAAUCAUUAAGAUCACAAGAAAUGCAAAAGAAAUUGAAUGAAUUUAUGAACUCAGAUUUCACAAAUGAUUUGAACGGAGCAAACCAAUGUGUAACCGAAUUCCAAAACAUCUUACUCGAAACAUCGAAAAAAAGUUUGAAAAUUAAAAAGUGCAAACGAAGAAGAAAAAUCACUAACAUUGCUCAAAGGAAAUGGUUUGAUAAAGACUGUAGAAUCAAACGACAUGAUUUAAGGAAAUUAUCUAAUUUAAAACAUAGAGAUCCUACAAAUGUUGAACUUAGAAAAAACUACCACGAUGCCUUGAAAUCAUAUAAGGCAACUCUACAGCUCAAACGAAGUGAAUUUCACAACAAAAAGAUGAAUGAACUAGAAACAGCUAGUCAAAAUGAUUUUAACCUUUUCUGGAAAACACUAAAGAACUUGACAGACGACCUUAAUACUGAAAGUAAUUCUGAAAACUCACCAAAAAAUCAUGAAUGGUACUCACAUUUUGAACAACUACAUUGUGAUCACCAUCUUAGUGAAGAACAAGAAAAAAUUAUCGGAAAAUUGAAACAGAAGGAAAAUUCGAAAAAUCUUCUCAAUGAGCUUGAUGCGGAAAUAACAAUUGAAGAAAUAAUAAAAACAGCUAAGAAAAUAAAAUCUAAAAAAGCUGCACACUCAGAUAAAAUCAACAAUGAAAUGAUAAAAUAUAUAGUGCUGAUAUCCUUGCCAAUGGUUUUAUAA